UCACAGUUACACCCUGUAAUCCUGGCGAUGCUGAGGCAGGCCUUCCAUCUCCACCCUGAGCCAACCAGCUGUCUGUCUGUGGGUGAGGAUGGCAGAGGAAGAGGGCAGUGUGGAGGAGGGGGACGUGUUCCUAGCGUUUGCCCAGGGUCCCGUGCCUCCUCGGGGGCCCCUGCGGCGCGCUUUGGACAAGGUCUUCCUCACUUUCUUGGUCCUCUUCCUGACCCUGCUGAUGCUGGAGGCCGCUUACAAACUGCUGUGGCCUCUGCCAUGGGUGAAGGUUCGGGACUGGCUUCUGAGGACACCUGAGGAGGAGGCGGCACUGGAACUGUGA